UUGAGGCGUUUAAGGCGCGCUCCGCUCUUUGUUGACUGCGGUGGUUUGUCGCGGGGGUGCCGCGGUUCCGUUUCAUGGGGUGGUCGCUGAUGUUACGCUGAUCUGUUCAUCUAAGAAGUGCGUCUUCCACAAUUUUGAACGUUGCAUGGGAAAGGGUUGUGUUACGUGCGUCUGAAGUGGUUUAUUCAACCACGAAGGGCGCAUACAGCUGGUCAAGUUCGUGCCUUCGUGGCAGACGUUCGAAAACAGGUGUCGCUGCCAGCGAGCAGGCGCUGCAGGGCAGUGACGUCAUGUCGUCCCGGCGUCACCCGAGUGGCUCGCCGGCGGCGGACGGCCACGGUCCGCUAAACGACGUUCCGCUGCUGGAUCCACUGGACGAGGCACCGGAGCCGCUGCCGCCGCCGCCGCCGGCCGGGGACAUUGAGGGCACCAGCUGGGUGGGCGCCGUGUUUCUGAUCGUGAACGCCGCGCUGGGUGCCGGCCUGCUCAACUUCCCGCAGGCGUACGACCAGGCGGGCGGCGUGGCCGUGGCACUGACGGUGCAGGCGCUGCUGCUGGUGUUCAUCGUGGCGGCGUUGCUGGUGCUGGCGGAGUGCGCCGACCACAGCGCCAGCGCCACAUACCAGGACACCGUACACGGUCUGCUGGGUACCGGCGGACUCUGGGCCUGCAGCGGCGUGGUGGCGCUCUACUGCUACGGCACAUGUGUCACCUUUCUCAUCGUCAUACGCGACCAGUCGGACGUCGUCUUCUCGUCGCUGUUCGGGCCGCGCUUCUGCCACACGUGGUACAUGAACCACCUGUUCACCAUGCCGGCGAGCUGCGUGCUCUUCGUGCUGCCGCUCUGCUUCUCGCGGCGGAUCGACUUUCUCAAGUACGCCAGCUCGCUGGGUGUGCUGGCCAUCAUCUACCUGGACGGCCUGAUCGCUUUCAAGUACUACCAGGGCCACUUCCAGCCGGGCCCGAUCAAGCACGGCCCCGACGCAUGGACGGACGUGUUUCUCGUCAUGCCCAGCAUCUGCUUCGGCUACCAGUGCCACGUCUCCGUCGUGCCCAUCUACUCCUGCCUGCGCACACGCACCGUCACCAACUUCCUACGCGCCGCGCUCACCGCUAUCGCCGUAUGCGUGGCCACCUAUACCGUGGCCGGCACGUUCGGCUACCUGACCUUCGGCGGCCGCGUCACCAGCGACGUGCUCAUGUCGUACGACGCGCGUGAUCCCUGGGUCAUGGUCGGCAUCGUGGCCAUCGCCGUCAAGACGUACACCACGUACCCGAUCCUGCUAUUCUGCGGCCGCGAGGCGGCGGCACGCCUCUGGGUGGAGGCGCGCGGCCUGGACGAGGCGCGCGCCGCCGCCGGCGAGCGCACGCGUCGCUACGUGGUGGCGUUCGUCUGGUUCACCUCCUCCGUGCUACUGGCCGCGCUGGUGUCCAGUAUCGGGGCUGUGAUCCAGCUGCUGGGCAGCCUGGCGGCGCUCUUCAUCCUCGUCUUCCCCGGCCUGUGCCUGCUGCGCCUGCUGCUGGAGAAGGACCCCGAGCUGGUGUUGCGCAAGGACCGCUGGCUGCUGACCUUUGCUGUGGCGCUGGUGGCCGUCGGCGCCUUUGUCUUUGGCGUGGUGCUGACGCAGGCGCUGCAGAACGAUGUCGAGCGCCUGGGGCCGCCGCCUGCCGAUCUCUGCCGCGUGCAGCACGUCAUCGCUGGGGCUCCGCUACCCGGCUGAGGCCGGCGGUCGGCGACGCGGGGCCACUGCAGCAACUGUCAUGUGCGGGCCGCACCUGGUGAUACUCAACGUACGCGGGGCACAGCGUUUUUUCUCUUGUUAGGAUUCCAGUGGUUCACUGGGAGAUAUUUCUGACAUGCCACGGUAUAUUCCCCAUACGUUUUGGGAUGUUCUGUGACGAAGACGGGUGCUAUGAAUAUUUAUCUGAGGUGUUUGUUGGACAUUAUACAAUACUGUAUAUGAUAUCCCCUGUCCAGUGGCUGUUCAAGCUACUAUAGGUGCGUAGCGUUAGAUCUAUAUAAGUCAGUGUUUCGGCGCUUAAAGCGUAUAUGUUUUGUAUUCACUUGAUGUUCUCCCUGGUCAUGUUUUACUUCUGAACGUCUGCGUGAACUUACGAAUUUUCUGUCGUUGUGGUAUCUGUGGGACCUGUCAAUUAUUAACCCUUCCUUGCGUGUACCAAAAAUUGGAUCCGCUGUGCUGAGUCUUAACAUUUCAGAGUGUGCAUAGCCUAUGUUAUGGAAUAGCUCCUGUCCAGUGAUAUUUCGAACUGCGGUUCGGGAAAUUUAAUUGAAUUGCUUAUCGGUGGUACUCCAAUAUACAUCAAAAGUGUA